UGAGUGAGUCUUAGUGAAAAUGAACCGCUGCGUGUUGGUGGUCGUUCUUGUCGUCUACGUGCAAGUGUUGCGUGCACAGGAGGAAGAUUCAGUCGCACCGGAAGUGUCCCGUCUUUGCCACUUUAAAAAACCGCUGCAGGACCCGACCGAUGUUGAUGGUGAUCAGUACUGUGAUUGCGAUGUCCACAACUCGGAUGCGGGUCUUCCGGGGAUAAAGAUCGACUGCAGGAAGCAUCAGCUGGGGGACGUCUUACAGCAGCAUUAUGAACAGUUGCCCCAGGGUACAACCCAUCUGGACCUAUCCCGUAACGGUCUAACGCUCGUACCGCACCUUAUCGGGAAGGAGCUUAUCUAUCUAAACAUCGGCCACAAUCAGAUAGCGGCAAUCCCCGAUAAGGUGUUCACCAAUGUGUCACUGCUGGAGGAGCUGGAUGCAAGCAGCAAUCGCAUCGAAACGCUUACCACCGAUGCGUUGGCCGGACUGUCCAACCUGAAGAAGCUCGAUCUGAGCGGAAAUCGGAUCGGUUCGAUCGAGGUGAACGCCUUCUCGGUCGCACUCCAUCUGAACGUGCUGAUCCUCUCGAACAACUCGCUCGGUACGUUCUUCAAUCGCACCGAGUCGGACCUGUACCUUCGACUCGGGGUCACCAACAGGCUGGCCGUGCUGGAGAUGGAACGCUGUAACCUCACCGACAUCAACCUCGCCAGUGGGGUUGGUCUCGAACGGGCCCUGCUCGGGUACAACCAGCUGCAGCAGCUCACCAAGCUGCCCAAACAGCUCGCCCACCUGGACCUCAGCGGCACACCGAUCCGAAGCAUUCCCGCCAAGUUCCUGCCCCAUCUGCUCCAUCUCGCAACGCUCAUCCUGCAGGACAUGCCCAUCCUCUACACGCUGGACCAGUACGCGCUGUACGGGUUGCCCCGCCUGACCCUGCUAAACCUGCAGGGUUCGCGCAACCUUUCCACCAUCCAUCCGCACGUCUUCGGCCAGAACGUGGUGCGCAACGAAACGGACACCGUGCUCGAACGGCUCAUCCUGAAGGGCACCAACAUCCGCACGCUCAACUCCACGCUCCAGUUUGCGUUCGAGAAUCUGCGGCUGCUGGACAUCCGCGGCGCUCCGUUGCGGUGCGACUGCGAGCUGCGCUGGUUGCGGGAACUUCCGAACCUGGUGACGAUCGGGAGCUGUGCCAAACCGAACGCACUGCGCGCGACCGUCUUCGGUAAGGUGCAACCGCACCAGUUCCAGUGCCGUGCGGAACAGUUCUGGAUCUACACCGUGUUUAACGUGCUGCUGGCUAUUCUGCUGAUUGUGCUGGUGUCGAUCGGUAUCUUCCUGAUUGUGAGGGCCAUCCGGCCGAAGCCACACGUGCAGUUGCGGAUGGUCGGUGCAGCGAGUCCGUAUGCGCGCGUUACGAUCGAACCGAACCGGGCUGAGGUGUUGUAGAACAGUGCUUGAGGAAGUUCGGCUGCAGGAUACUCCCAGUCGAUUUGUACAUAGUAACGACAUAGGUUAAUAGUUUCGUGCUAAUUGUGUGGAAAUGAAUGAAUGCAACGAAUGAAUGAUUGUGGCAACUGGAAUUUACUAAAUGUUACGUAAGCAUAGAAUGUAAAUGUAGAUUACGUAGCUAGAUGGAAGAAAUUCGAUCCCAAUAAAAUGUAUCUAAUU